UUCUACAGAUCAUCCCCCAUCUAACAUGUAACGUAAAUAAUUUGUUUUUCUUUAGGUUGCAUUGCGAGCUUACGUCAAACGCGGUGUGUGAUAUUAUUAUAUGUAGUGUAAAGUAAUGGUUAAGUAGCAUUUCGCUACUCUCUCUUAAAUUUUAAAAAAUCCCGUGUAUUAUUUAAAUGCGAAACAUGUUUGUGAAUCAAAAAUCAGAGUUAGACUCUAAUAAAAUGUUAAACCAAGCAGCUUUGGAAGCGAUGUAUUCUGCUAUUUAUAUUGAGGAUUACAUGGAUUUCAUUGAUAAUGUACCGGACGAUAUUCAACGAAAUAUAACUCAAUUAAGAGAGCUAGAUCUUCGAUAUCAAGAAAUACUUCAUGAUCUUGAUACUUAUGAAAAUGCUUUGAGAAAAGAUUUGGAUACUGCAAGUCGAAAAAGAACCUUACUGCAAAUUCAAAGAGCAUUGAUUCAAUCUCAAGAUCUUGGCGAUCGAAAGCUGCAAAUUGUGCAAGUUAUACAAGAUAUUAUCGAUAACAAGGCACGACAACUUGAAACCGAUAGAAAGAAAUUAGAUUUAAGACGGGAAAACGAAACUCAAAAUGAGAAUAAUAAGACCGAACAACCUGAGAGACCCACCAAGCGUUCUCGAAGGCAACGCCAUGUGGACAUGAAUUUGCGAGACGAUUCAGGACAUGAAAGACAUGAGAAAGAAGUUCCUGCACCUGCUGCUACUAAGAACAAGAAGAAAAAGAAAAGGAAAACAAAAACUGAAAAAGAGCACGAAGCACCUCCAAUUGAUCCUCCUAUUGAUCCCAAUGAGCCAACAUAUUGCUUGUGUGAUCAAGUAUCUUUUGGUGAAAUGAUUGGCUGUGACAAUGAUGGUUGUGAUAGAGAAUGGUUUCAUUUCUCUUGUGUUGGACUUACCACUAAACCUAAAGGAAAAUGGUACUGUCCUUCAUGUCGUGGCGAUCGUAGUAAUCAGAUGAGGCCAAAGGCUGUAUAGGUAUCAUCUAUAUAAUCUCAAAUCACUGUAAAGUUUCCAUUGUUCAUUUUUAGUAAUUUUAGUGGAAAAAAAUUGCUGUAAAUUGAUUUCUGUCCUUUUUGUGUAUAACUAUUUAAUUUUUAGCACAUCAAAAGAAAUUGAGAUUUUAAGAAUGUUGAUGAAAAAGAGUAUUUUUAUUGUAUGAGUUGAAAGUUUUUUUCUUAUCAGUAUACAUUUAUGGAAAUGUUUGCUUAAAUGCAUACAGUUCACAAUUUUUCAUGCCCUUUUACUUUUCAUUAAAAAUGAAAAUAAAUUAUAAUCAUGGAUAAGUUUUAUAUUAAAAGUGUUGAUAUAAAAUAAAUCACAAAUUGGAUCUGCU